AUGGCGGAACAGGACUCCUCUUCUCAAUUUAGGACAAUGUCCACUCUAUCUUCCUCCAUGGCCGCUAUCACCAUUCCGCCAUCCCUCAAAUUUUUGAUGUCAAACCUCAAGCUCAUUGUGCACACUCAACUCACAAUAGACAACUACGCCAUCUGGAGAUUACAUAUCUACAAAGCGUUUGCGGCAAAUGGAUUCGAUGGAUACAUCACUGGCUCUCUACUUUGUCCCCAAGAACCCUCCGAGUCCAGUUCAAUCUCAUCCGACUACAAACUCUGGAAACUAGUUGAUCAGAACCUCAUCUCAGCUAUAUUUUCUACAAUCUCACCUUUAGUGCUCCCUUACAUUCUAUAUCUCAAAACAUCUCAUGAAACCUGGACAGCCUUAGAGCUUCGACUGCAACCCACCAACCGGUUGAGAGUUAUUCAGUUGAAAAAUGAGCUCCAUAAAGUCCAAAUGAGAUAUCAUACGAUUUCACAAUACCUGGCAAAAAUAAAGUCACUGGUAGACAACAUCGCGGUUGCGGGAAGUCACAUUGACACUGAGGAUAUCAUACUCUACACACUCAAUGGACUGCCACCCUCUUACAACCCCUUCGAAGCAGCAAUCGGAACAUCACAUCAAACCAUAACUCUCGAAUCCCUUUACUCCUUACUCUGUAGUGAGGAGAUAAACUUGCAAACUUAG